ACUGACGGUUGGUCAGAGAUGGGGGUGGUGUGAUCUUGGGCGUCGGACUGAGAUGGUGGCAGUGGAGGAAUUUGCAAUGAGGAAGAGGAAGGGCUUCGUCACUUGAACCGCUCUUGGGCGAAAAUAGUGAGGCUGCUUUCAACGUUCCUGUGUGGUGGAGUCUACUUCUCUUAGAGCAUUGGCCAUUGCCAUAUGCAAGUGUAAAAUAGAUAAAAUUUAUAUAAUAAUUAUCUGCAAUGGCCUAGUCAAACUUUAAAAGUUUGACAUAAAUGCUAUAGUAAUUAUAAGCUGCUCGCCAGACUUGGAGAGCUACUGUAUCGAGUCCAUCGAUUAUAUUUAUUAUUUUUCUUCUACCCGCUCUCCCUUCUUUCCCUCAGUUUCUCGUUUUCCCCAACAUCACAAUAUUUCCUCUUGACUUCUCCCGAAUGAAGUGCUUCUCCCAUUCGGCCUUCUUCGUCAGCCACAGCCUCGAAUCAGGUCCACCGGUCGCCUUCUCCAGCAGACGCCUUCGUCUUCGAGCUGUCGACACCAGGUCGAAUCACUUGGAAGGCAUUGGCUUGCUCCACGAUUGGAAGGCAUCGGCUUGCUCCACGAUUCACGCCGACAGUUCUUCCUCCACAAAUCCGACACUACGGUCGCAUCUGUUUGGAUUGAGAAAGCGAAGGUGUUAUACAAAGAGAUUGUUGGGAGUAAUUUCACAAUGGAGUACUGUUGGUGUCUUCUUAGACACCAAUCAAAAUGGCAGCAACACAUCUCCACCGUUGGUAAGAAGAGAAAGUCACCUGAAAAAGUGACUAAUGUUGUUGAUGUUGACCAAGCUGAGGAGGACAUAGAGGUUCUUGCUGAGAGACCUCCAGGCAAAAAAGCUGAGAAAGAAAGGGAGAGGAAGCGGAAGUCUAUGGAAGGCAACGAUAGUGAGAUCAAGACUGCUUUGGCCAAAAUGAUCGAUAAUCGAGUGACGACCAUGGAAAAGCGUAAAAAUGCGACUCUGAAGGCAGACCUAGAAAGAUCAACAGCAUUUGAACUUAAAAAAAAGAAAUGGGAGGCAAAGAUGAUGUUGCUAGAUCUAAGUGGCCUGAAUGCCAUGCAACAAGAAUAUUUUGACUAUAUUCAAUGGAAAAUUUAUGAGGAAUGGAGGAAGGAUAUCGGGGGUACAUCUACAUCUCCUUCGACACCUUAUGGAUGUGUCUAAUGUUGGUAGCUUUGAUUUUUUUUUUUGAGAUUAUUAGUGGUUGCCCAGCCACAUGUAGGCUGGAUAAACAUGUGGCUGGGUAGCAACUAAAUUAAUCUACUGAUUAAUGGAAUGUUUUGUAAAUUUCUAGACUGUUUUUGGUAGGAUUGUGGACUGUUUUAUAAAUUUCUAGACUGUUUUUGGUAGGAUUGUGGACUAUUUUGAUAAUAGUGGACUAUUUUGGUAA